GAAGCGGUAGUCUUUGCAGCGGCUACAGAGGCGAGGGUUGCGCAGGAGGCAGUUGGGUUUUUGGAUCCGACGCCUGGGCCGAACUGGAGCCAUGGUGCAGGUCUACAACUUGCACCCGUUCGGGUCGCAGCAAGUCGUUCCUCUGAAGCAGGAACCGGCGCUCUUCUGCUGCGGCCGCGACGUGCUCCUGGUGGCCUGCGGCUCCGGCGCCUGCAAGGUGGAAGUGUUUGCGGAACUCUGUGAGCCGCUCGGCACCUUCAGUACCCUGGGCCGAGUGCUGUCCAUGGCAUACGGCGAAGUGGGAGAUUAUGUGGCCACUAUUGAGGAGAAACACAGCACCCUCUUCUUCCGAGUUUAUGUUAACUGGAGAUGCAUGUCCUCUGGCAGCUCACGUGUUUGUGUGCGGAUGCAAGGUCAUAACCCAGAAGCUUCCUACACUGAGACAACUAAAGAACAAAUGUCAAUCAUAGAAAUUCCUCUUUCUGAUCCUCCCACAUGUUUCUCCUGUUGCCCUUUAUCAGGAGACCUACUGGUUGGCUGCAAGAAUAAGUUGAUACUAUUCCACUUGAAGCAUUUAUUUGUGAGUGAGGAUGUAAAAGUGCUUGACUUUGAACGUUCCUUAAUUUUGCACAUGGAGAAGUUCACCCCAACAGAAGUUGCAUUUUGUGCAGGAUAUGUUGCUCUCACAGCAGAACUGGAAGUCCUUGUCUUCAAGCUACUAAUUGGGGAGAAGGUAACUUCAGCUGGUAAUAGCAAACAGCAUAUCUGUGAAUCUGUAGAGCCUGAAAUUCCCAUUAAUGAAGGUAUAACAGAGGAAGUUGAUCAAACUCAAUCAGAAUCAGAUGGGUUUGUUUUCUGUCAGCAGCCCGUGGAACUUCUUGGAGAAGAAAGUAGCAAGUGUGAGAUAUCUGUUAUUUUGGAGUCAAUUAGCUUAACUGGGGAAGAUUUAAAUAUUCAAGUGCAAUAUGUCCUAUACAGACGUUUUGCUCUUGAUGUGUCCUCAUUUCCUUUUUCUGUUGAAGAUGCCAAACUGCACUCUCUUCAGCUGCUUCCAAUACAUGAAUCAGGGGCUUCUGUCACGGCUAAGGAAGGAGAUACAACUAAACAAGAAUUCCUGAGUUUGUUUUGCUUUUUCUCUCUACCGCAUGUGGCAUACUUAUACACAAUCAAUAAUUUAGUGAAACUUAUUUCUACCUACCAGUAUUCAGAAAGAUCCCAGCAAGCAGUUCUUACACCCCAGUUCCUGCAUGUCAUUACAAGCAACAACCUGCAGUGCUUUACAGUGAGAUGCAGUGCAGUAGCAGCUCGGAAUCAAGACCCCUACAUUGAUACAACAUUAAAGGCUUGUCCCCCUGUGUCGCUUGAUGUUUGUACCUUGAGGAUGCAGCUUUUUAUAGGACUGAAAGCCAUCUCUCACUUCAAACACCAUAUCAUCAUUUUGACAAAAGCAGAUUCUGAGGACUUUCUCGAGAAAAAAACACUUAAACGAAGACUCCUUUACCGAAAGACUGAUAACACCAAACCCAAGGCUCCACCAGAAUCUGAACCUGGUUGGAAUUUGUAUAUUGUGAACACAACUUCAACUCUCCAACUCUACAGAGAAAUGGUAGACUACAGCAAGACCUAUGAAAACGUAAGAACAGAGAGUUGUAUUCAUCUCUUAAGUGAGGCUCAUUUGCUAGUCAGAACAGCUUUAAUGGAUCCUGCUCUGAAAGACUUGGAUGAGAAGGAACCUCUACUAGCAGCAUUUCAUGAGAGUUGUGCUCUUCUUGGAGACUGUUACAGCAGGUUUGACACUAAAGACUUCCAUCUUGCACUCCCUUACUAUAAAAUGUCCAGCCUUUCUAUAUCUGACAUUCUGAAGAGAGUCACAUUUGAAGAUAAAACACAGAAGUAUGAAAAAGGUUUUAUAUUCUACUUGCACCACUCCUUGUAUGAAGACAUAGAUGAAAAGCUAAAUGAAGAUGUGGCUGCAAAAGUGCUUCAGAUAUUCCACCGUGCUGAGCCAAACCAGAUACCCCACAUCCUCUGCAGUCCUUGCAUGAAAAAUGUGUGCCCUGAAAUGGCAAUGGAGUAUCUGGAAUUGAUAGAAAAGAUGGCGCCGUCUUUUCUGGUGACAUUGGUCAAGGCUUCAGUUGCUCUGAAAAAGGGGGAUCGGGAUAGAUGUAAAAAGGAGCUGGACAGCCAAGCAGAGAUGAAAUUGGUAUGUGGUUUUAUUCGGGAGCCAAGACUUCUAAAACAGCACAUUAAAGGACAGAUGUUCCCAACUGAACUUGCUUUGUACCUCAAAGAGACCAGACCUGGAUUUCUCCUAGCUUCAUUAUUGGCUUUACAUGAGAAUAAUAAAAUGGAGCUGGAAGAAGCAGGCUCUUAUAUCAAGAUGCUGAGUGGUAAAAAUGAAGAUGCUGUUCCCCAACUCUUGGUAGACUUCUGGGAAGCUUUGCUUGUAGCAUGUACUCAGGAAGAGGUUGCACAGAAGUUGCAUUUUAAACUUGCUACACAGUAUAUUUGGAGACUUUCCAGGAAAGAGCUUCCUGACACUGAGCCUCUAAAAACCACUGAAGAUUUGAUAAAUUCCUGCAGUGAUUAUGGACUUAUAUUUUCUUGGAUUAUAUUCAUGAUGUCGUUAGUACCUCUUCCUGAUUGGAAUUCAUGUGAUGACCUUUCAAAAUUACAAUCUCUCUUAUGCAGUCCAUCCUUCAGAAUAUCUUCCAUUCUCCCAUUUGUGAAGAAUAUUCCAGAAGAUUCUAUUUCUGGUCUGAGCAUACAUGUUCUUUGUGAUACAUGUUUAAGACAGCAUGAAGCAGCUAUUGACAAACUUCUGGAUAGGUGCCCUGAAGCUGUCAUACCUUAUGCCCAGCAUGAGUUGAGGGAUGAACAUCAGGCUUUAUGGUGGAUCAAACUUCUUCCUGAACUCUGUAAACGAACCAGACAUGUUGGUGAAAACUAUCCUGUAUUUCUGUCAUCACUGCAAGAAACAUUAUCAGUCAUUGCCACAGCACUGGAAUUGAGAGACUUCCUUAAUGUUUUACCUGAAGAUGGGAAUGCAGCGUUCUUCUUGCCCCACUUGCUUCAGUGCAGCAGGAGAUUGGUGACUUAAAUAUAAGGAGAAGCAUCUGC